UCUAGGAGGAGGAGGAGGGUGGCGUAUGAUUGGCCAGGCGGGCACUGGUAGUCGGGAGGCUGGCGUUGUGCUCCUCGUUGAUCCCCGUGUACUUGUUUACACCUUGCGGACGAGGAGGGGAUAAGACACACUUAUUUUACCUAUUUUUGUGAUUGCAAAGCAAGUUUCUCUUUACUGGAAGACAGACUGUCGUCUAAUUUAACACCUCCGUUCAGUUCAGCGAUGCGUCAAACUUUUGGUGACUUUUGUAGCAGCACGGCGCUUAUGGUUCUCAUUGAUGUCGGUACAGGUGGUACUGAAAAUGAAAUCUACUAGGAAUAGUUCCGACAGAUUGUGUAUUUAUAUUCACAAGGUGUGAUAUUUAUGGAGCUCUUCAAACUUUGAUUACGGGCGGAAAUUACACCUUUUCAGUCUUUCACAAGCCGCGUUGAGAUGGAUGUGUUUUGAGCGUUACAGCCUGUUUGCGUCAGAAUUCAAGAGUGAAUUAUCUACCAAAACAGCGAUAUACAACAGCAGUUACUGGACUUCUUGGUUCAACCUAUUCUCAGAAAUCUUAAAGACUUUGUUGGACAACAGCGACUUGGAGUGUCAAAAGCACCGCAGGCUACGCUGUGUGGACAACCCGGGACUUUUGCAACGGCGUAGCCGGAAAAGAUGCUCUCUGUCCGGAUGCAGCGUGAUCCAGGUUUCGGUCCUCUGGUUCUUCUCUUGUUGUUCGGGGGAUAUGUCGUUUCCGGCACUGAUAGCAGCUACGAAAGUGAGGCCGACGUCCUCCCUGACUCCUUCCCAUCAGCACCAGCAGAACCUCUCCCAGAAUUCUUGUUGGAACCGGAGGAUGCUUUUAUUGUAAAGAAUCGUCCAGUCCAGCUACGGUGCCGAGCAUCACCAGCCACACAGAUCUACUUCAAAUGUAACGGAGAAUGGGUCAAUCAGAAUGAUCAUGUCACCAGAGAGAGCCUGGACCAGAUCACAGGGCUGGUGGUGAGGGAGGUGGACAUCUCAGUGUCAAGGACUCAGGUGGAGGAGCUGUUUGGGCUGGAGGACUACUGGUGCCAGUGUGUGGCCUGGAGCUCAGCUGGUACCACCAAGAGCAAUCGUGCCUAUGUUCGCAUUGCAUACCUGAAGAAGAACUUUGAGCAGGAGCCGCUGGGGCGGGAGGUGCGACUCGAGCAGGAGGUGCUGCUGCAGUGUCGUCCUCCAGAGGGCAUGCCCACUGCUGAGGUGGAUUGGCUGAAGAACGAGGAUGUCAUAGAUCCAUCGCAGGACUCCAAUUUCCUGAUCACCAUCGAUCAUGAUCUGAUCAUCAAACAGGCCAGACUUUCGGACACUGCAAACUACACCUGUGUGGCUCGAAAUGUGGUGGCCAAAAGACGCAGCAGCACAGCUACUCUCAUUGUUUAUGUGAGUGGAGGUUGGUCUUCUUGGACUGAAUGGUCAGAGUGUAAUGCUCAGUGUGGGCGUGGUUGGCAGCGACGAACACGCAGCUGCACCAAUCCUACCCCUCUGAAUGGAGGCGCCUUCUGUGAGGGCCCACCCUUCCAGAGAGUGACCUGCACUACACUGUGCCCAGUGGAUGGAGGCUGGACAGAGUGGGCCAAGUGGUCUGCCUGUGGGACAGAGUGCACCCACUGGCGCAGUCGUGAAUGCCAAGCCCCCCCACCCAAGAACGGAGGAAAGCACUGCAGCGGCAGCAUGAUGGAGAGCAAAAACUGCACUGAGGGCCUGUGUGCACGGAAUAAAAAGAUUUCUAUUGAGCAUACAGGCCAUUCGCCCACCCCAGGCAUGGGUAUAGCAGUCUACGCUGGUCUGGUGGGGGCCCUGCUGCUGUGUGUCAUACUGGUGUUGUGCGUGGGAGUGCUCGCAUAUCGCCGUAGAUGUCGCCAUCUCCACGGAGACAUCACAGAUUCUUCGUCUGCUCUCACAGCCGCCUUCCACCCUGGCAACUACAAGCCUCCUAGACAGGAUAAUCCUCACCCUCUGCAUACCUCAGCUCCUCCAGAUCUGACAGCCACUGCAGGGGCUUUCCGCGGGCCACUCUUCUCCCUGCAGCAAGGGAUCCCUGCUGACAUGUGCUCAGGUGAUGGGGAGAUCUUCAGCCUGAAGUCGGUGGGUACUGUGGGGAGAGAGCGAGAGUACCACAGCCACACCUUGUCCAGAGAGCCCAGCCUUAGCACCAGUGCAACACUGGGCAGCCUGGGAGGACGCCUUACCAUUCCCAAUACAGGUGUCAGUCUGCUGGUCCCCCCUGGCACAAUCCCUCAGGGGAAGUUCUACGAGAUGUACCUCAUUAUCAGCAAGUGGGACAAAACCACGUUACCCUCUGAGGGCAGUCAGACUGUACUAAGUCCUGUGGUUAGCUGUGGACCCUCCAGUAUGCUGCUGAAUCGUCCUGUGGUCCUUACUUUGCCCCACUGUGCCCAGCUAGACACACCUACCCCUGACUGGACCCUUACACUCAAGUCACAGACUCACCAGGGGGCAUGGGAGGAGGUGCUGACAGUGGGCGAUGAGACUUUGUCGUCUCCAUGCUACCUGCAGUUAGAGGAGGAGUGCUGCCAUAUUCUCAUGGAGCACCUGGGAACGUAUGGCCUGGUGGGCCAGUCUUGCCCUCCACAGCCUGCCUGCAAACGCCUGCAGCUGGCUUUGUUUGCCCCCAGAGCACCUUGCCUCUCCCUGGACUACAGCCUUCGGAUCUACUGCAUCCAUGACACCCCACAUGCACUCAAGGAGGUGCUAGAUUUGGAGAGGAGUCUAGGUGGAGUUUUGCUGGAGGAUCCCAAACCACUGCUCUUCAAAGACAGCUACCACAACCUACGCCUGUCCAUCCAUGACAUUCCUCACACUCACUGGAGAAGCAAACUAUUAGCCAAGUACCAGGAGAUCCCAUUCUACCACAUUUGGAGUGGCAGUCAGAGACCCCUGCACUGCACCUUCAGCCUCGAGAGAGGCAGCCUGGCUGUGUCACAGCUCACCUGUAAGAUCUGCGUCCGACAGGUGGAAGGAGAAGGGCAGAUAUUCCAGCUGCACACGGAUAUUCAGGAGACUCUACCACCGCACUCGCCCCUCCCCUCAGGGGGCACCUGCUUGCCUUCUUCUCAAGUGGGAUCCUAUGCCUUUCGCUUACCCGAGUCCAUCCGCCAGAAAAUCUGUGCCAGUUUGGAUGCACCAAGUGCUCGGGGGUGUGACUGGAGACUACUGGCACGCAGUUUGGGCUUUGACAGGUACUUGAACUACUUUGCAACAAAGCCUAGCCCCACAGGUGUCCUACUGGACUUAUGGGAAGCUUGUCACCAAGGUGAUGCAGACCUGGUCUCUCUGGCGACUGCACUGGAAGAGAUGGGCAAAAGUGAGGUGCUAGUUGUCAUGACAACAGAUGGGGAUUGUUGAUUGGUCAAGGAACAAGAAAGGAAGCAAAACAUUUUUUUUCACCACCAUGAUGGAAAUAAGAAGACCUGCCGAUGAAUAUGCACACCCUGGCAUACACCAUAAGCCCACAGAGCAUUUGGUUCUUUCACAUGUACCGUGUUACCUCUGCCUCAUCUCCCUUCUCAGUGGCCCUUGAUUAGCCACUAUAGCAACAUAUUCACCAUGACCCAUUCCCAUGCGAACUCUCUUAUGAUAACUGCUAACUUGAUUUGGCUUGAAUCCUCCAAAGCAAAUAUUGCUUCUGCAAGAAGUGAAACUAAUUUGUGGUUACAGAGGUGUAAAAUAGGUGUAAAGUCAUCUGUAAUGUGUGGUGAUGACUGUCUUCUUAAAAACAUGAAAUUGACACAAUUCUUGUAUAUAAACAACAAAGCUCUGGGACAAAAUAUUCAUGUAUUCAGCACACUAAAGCACAAUAACACAAACACACAAUGGCUAACAUGGGAUUACUUAUGGUACAAGCAUGCAAGUGCAUGAUUUAAACCCAUCUCACCUCAUGACAGGAGCUUUUGUUUUCUCUAUUGUCAUUCUGUGUAUGCAGUGAAUGACAGGCAGCACCAACCUGUCUGCAAACUCCUCAGGCUACAGACACACCCCAACACUUGCAUGGACAAACAUGUCAUUAUUUGGAUCUGAAUGAGACAGGCUGGAAUUUCUUGUCUAGCUCCUUUGACUGUCCUCAAAUCUUAUGAGGCCCAAACCCUCAUGUUUUGAGCUCUUGAGUAUAUUGCUUUGGGCUGAGACAAAAAAAACUGCAUCUUCUUUGUGGCAGGAGGUUGAAUUGUGAUGUUUGUUUCAGAAUUGGCAGAUAACUAGAGCAACUGUGUCUUUAUAUUAUACCAACAAAUGCCUCAAAGCCUUGGCAUAUCAUUCUGACUCAUACUGUAGUGGUGUUUCUCUUUCAUCUCUCCUUGCAUUCCUCUGUUGCUCUGCCACAUUCCUCUGAUCUGCUGAGAAUACGCUACAGGAGAGCUUUCUGGUCAUCUCUUAAAAGUUUCCUUCGGGGAACGCUUUUUAGGUUGAUAUCCAUAUUUGUGGAUUGUUUGGGUAUGUUUCAUUGUUGGUACCAUCAUAUAAAACCUGUUUUUUCAUUUGUGUUCAUUCAGGCUUAGUGAGCUGCUGUGUAUUAUUUUUGAUUCUAGUAGAGCAGGCCAAAUGGGAGUGUUAGGUGCAACAAAAUCAUGUUUAGUUGUUAUUUUAAUAUUGUGUAUCUAUUCAAAAUGUAAAAUAUAAACUGUAAAACAUGAUUAGAGGUGGUCAGAUAUCCAGAUUAGUACAGUGUACACUUUAUUUUUCAGGCAUUUUGGUAUAAGUGAGGGCAAAAUGUUCAGAGAUGAAUAUUGCAUUAUAGAUUAGCCUUGCCUUGAAUCAACUAGGCAGCAACGGAUUGUAACAUUUACCUCAACACUAACUGCAUUUUCAAUCUAUUCUCUGCCCAUCACUUAUUUAUGAGUACAUCUGUCUGUCCAGCACCUGAAAAUCAUCAUCUCCCUUCUCUCAAUUUGAUAGCCUAUUGUUAACCUUUUUACUAAGCCACCUGCUUUGUGGUCAGGGUCCUCUCUAUUUGCAUUAUCAAUAUUAUUCUGUCAGUUAAUGUUAGACAGGAAUUUAAAUGCUGUCAUCUGUAACAUUAUCAUUACUUAGGUUCUGUGUAUCAAUGAGUCCUUUUCUCCCUCAAAGAAAAAAAAACAGUAACAACAAAAAAGUGUUCAUAUCUUUGAAACCACAAAAACCAAAACACAGGCAGUAUCCCUCCUCUUCAGCAGUGAGUCGUGUCACUGUUUUGUGUGAAUGAACUGGAAACAUAAGUGUGUGUCUGGGUGUGCAUAUGCACGAAUGAGUGGGUAUGUGUGGGCAGGUGAGUGUGCACAUACAUGUGCACACAUUUAAGAUCUGUCAUUUCUCUUUGUAAGUGCUAUGCAAGUACAAAAGAAUCUCAAAAUGUAAUGACUUCUUUUGUUUCCCGGAAGAGUAAUUCUAUUUUUUCAGAUCAGGGCAUUGACAGGGUUUUGAUUUUCUAUCCUAACGUGGCUUAAUGGUGAUUUAACAUUUUUGGUGAUGGUAGUGUG